AUGCUGUUGGGGCACAGCCUCCAACAUCUCGCCUGCCAUGUCGCCAGCCUGCCACCGUCCUACCGCAUCAUCUACCACAGAUUACCAUUUUCGAGCAAGAGUUUCGAGUACGGCACAAUUUUGAUGGAAAGAGUUAUGUGUUACCAAUGCACAUUGGCCUCGACAGAGACAGAUUGGAUCCCUCCUUCCCCCGUGCCCGAAAUCUUGGCUUCCAAUGCCAUUCCCUCACCUGAUCAAAUCCAAGCGGUACAGGAAUCGCUCUCGACCGCGCAAACGAACCUAUCGCUCCUCGAUCAGGAGAUCAGCGAAACAGAAGCUCACCUGAGCAGUCUGAACCAGACCCGUGAUGCACUUCAAGCUUACACAACCGAGCACCUCGCCUUAGUCGCCCCCUGCAGGCGGCUUCCUCCUGAGCUAUGGGCCGAAAUUUUCAUGCAUUGCUCGAAAGGGUUGAAGCGGACCCUUGCCCCCACCAUCCGCGAUACUUUUGACCCAAAGUCCGGCCCCCUGCUCCUCACCCAUGUAUGCAGCUGGUGGCGGGUUAUCGCAAUUUCCACUCCCGCUCUGUGGACUUCAAUACGGUUGGUAUUGCCCGCCCUACAACCUUCUCAUGCAAACCUAGUCAAUAUGUGGAUUGAACGAUCAUGUACUCUUCCGCUGACAGUGGCGUUUAUCGAGGCGAAGAAUGUUCCAGCAUUAUAUCCUUUGGUUCACAAGUUGGAGAGGCAUCCUCUCAGUUUACUUGCUGAGCAAUCAAACCGAUGGGUGGAUGCUUUCUUUAUGCUCCCUCCCUACGAUUUCGCGUGGCAGGCAUUCCUCCCGAUAAGAAACAAUUUAUCUCAGCUGCGCAGCCUCUCAAUUAAAACUGUUCGAGGAUCGUGGCCAGUCGGAAUGGCUAUAAACCUCUUCGAAUUCGCUCCGAAAUUAUCAUCUCUCGCCUUGGACCACGCUGGGGCUGCUGCCAUUAAGUUCUGGAAUGUACCAUUUCUGAGCCUAAUGUUCUUCGAAGUUCACCAAGGUGGAGAGAGUACUGCUUCAUUCGAGAGUUGCUUUCUCGCAAUGAGAUUAAUGCCCAAUCUCAAGGAAUGCAUUAUUCGUUGCAACUCAUCCUUUGCAAGCUGGCCUGUUCUUCCUGAUACCACCCUUUCACAAUUAACUUGUCUCCACAUAACUUUGGAACAGUCGAUUUUUCCCGCGCCAGUUGGCCUCGGAGGAAUGUUCGGUGCGUUGUCACUUCCAUCCUUAUCAAGGCUGGACCUCCGACUCAAAAACACGCUAACGGUGGAGCCGCCUUGGGAUCAUGAGCCCUUCGUGGAAUUUCUCCGUCGCUCGCCAUCAAUCCGCAAAUUAACGCUGAACUACUCCUCCAUAUCCAGUGUGGAAUUUGAGGAUAUAUUGCGGGAGGCCUCAGGCGUGAAGCAUCUCUCCAUUUACACAAAUGCCCCAGAUCAGAUACUUACAUGGGUAGUGAACGCUACUGAGCCCAUUCUACCAAAAUUACGAACCAUCAAGGUUGUUGAUACCAGCGCCAACCCAAGUGCCUUCCCGGAAAGUUUUUUUCCCUUGCUGUCGAUUCGGGGAUCGAAUUAUGAAGGUCCUGCUCGGCUAAAAUCUGCCACCCUCCAUUACCGGAAAGCUGUUGAUGAGCAGCUAAGGAAUAGGUUGCUGAGAGCAGCGAAUGAAUUUCUGGAUAUUGUUUCGCAACACAACCUUCGUUUUCGUAUCGAACAACCGAAUGACAUUUACGACUCGAGGUUUCAUCAGAAACCAGACAAUGGAGUCAGCAUCUGA